AUGGCAGCAAACCUGAGGCAUGGUGGUGGCAGUGGGCUUGAAGUUACAGACCCAGUCACUGCAGCCAUGUACAACAUGCAAGGAGACUCACGGCCAGAGAAGCACAGGGCUGUCUGCCAUGAUCUCCAAAACGCUAACCUCAGGGUUGCAGAACGCCACGGGACAUGUGGCUGGGAGCUGCUUGCGAUGGGGGACUGGCCGGCAGAAGAUGAGUGGGCUGAGAAGUACCCUACCUGCCAAGGGAAGAGGCAGUCGCCCAUCGCCCUGCAGUUCAGCAAGAUGCACGCCAACCAAUACUUGAUGCCACUGAACCUAUCCAACUAUGAGAAGGGGUCGCAGCUCUCCAUGACUAACAAUGGACACACAGGAGAGACCACAGCUCUGAAGAAGGUUAACAUCCGGAACAUGCUGCCUCAAGACAUCCAGCACUAUUACACCUACCUCGGCUCGCUCACCACUCCGCCCUGCACAGAGAACGUCAAGUGGUUUGUGUUUCUAGAUACCACCAAGCUCUCCUUGUCCCAGGUUACAAAGAUAGAGAAUUCUGUCAAGGAUCCCAACAAUGAGACUCUUCAAAAUAAUUACCGCGAGACACAGCCCCUCAACGGGAGAGUCCGCCUGGUGUCUUCUAGCAAUAGAGGGAAGGGAUGCCACUUCAACGCAGGGAUGCUCACACGGGCCAUGUGGACAGGAUCCUGGAAUGUGAAUCUUCUUGCUGCCCGCAGCAAGUCUCUGACUAGCCCAGAGAGAGUCGCCACCCAUGCGAAGAAGUAA